AUGAAAGCCCUGGCACGCAGCUAUGUCUGGUGGCCGUCUCUCGAUGCAGAAAUCGAACAGACCGUCCGUGGUUGCACGCAGUGCCAGACCGUCACCAAGUCGCCGCAUCGCCAGCAAGUCCACCCAUGGGAAUGGCCUGGUAAGCCUUGGUUACGUGUCCAUGUUGACUUUGCUGGACCCAUCGCUGGUAAGGUGCUCUUCAUUAUUGUCGAUAGUCAUAGUAAAUUUAUUGAAGCACAUGUUUGCUCUGGCUCAUCUGCUGCUGUCGCAAUUCGCAAGCUGGAGCAGACCUUUGCUCUGCUUGGCUUACCUUAUAAUAUUGUUUCUGACAAUGGCCCUGCUUUUGCAAGUAGUGAAUUUCGUGAGUUUUGCUCAUCUAAUGGCAUACGUCAUACUCUCGUUUCACCAUAUCAUCCGUCUAGUAAUGGCUUAGCCGAGCGCGCAGUACAGACGGUGAAGUCUGGCUUGGCCAAGAUGUCUGGCCCUGAUUUGGAAACCCGCCUUGCUAGGUUCCUGUUCCAAUACAGAAUGACGCCGCAGUCAACAACGGGUCGUUCUCCGUUUGAGCUACUUUGGAAGGAACAUCGUCCCCGCUCACGUCUGGAUCUCGUGUUCCCGGACAGCGGCAAGAAAGUCUUGGACAAACAGUGCACUGCCCAUGAUCGUGGUGGUGCAAAUGCAUACCAGUUUUAUUGUGGUGAUGCCGUCUGGGCAAUGAAUUUCAACUCCUCACCGAAGUAG